CGUAAGCUCCUAGGGUUUUUUCGCUCUUGAGAUAAGAUCUUUUCGCGUCAUGCGAUAGCGAUAGACAAUAAACAAAGCGGCACACUCCCUGGUGCUCUACAACUAGUGCAUUGUCUGCCACUGGCAGUCGAAGUCGACAUGGUAUCGAUCCCGGGUGGAAUGUUGACAGCUCAGCAGCUCGUCAAAGUAAGCCUAGUCCUAGUAUCUUUAAGUACAGUAUGCCCUCUAGCCACAUCCUCUACAAUUGAGUAUUAUCAACCAGAGCAGGUGCAUUUAUCAUAUGGAGAAAACGUCUAUGAAAUGGUUGUUACUUGGACCACAUACAGUGAUUGUGAUUCCGUCGUAGAGUAUGGUAUUGGAGGAUUUGCACUCAAGGCUCAGGGUGAAACUAAGAAGUUCACUGAUGGAGGUUCAGAGAGCAGAUCUAUGUUCAUUCACAGAGUUAAGCUCAGUGAUCUCUCUCCUGAUGCAAAGUAUACAUAUCAUUGUGGAAGCAGUCUGGGAUGGUCUGGUGUGUUUUGGUUCUCAACAGCACCAGAAGAUUUAUCAAAGUGGAGUCCUCAUUUAGCCAUUUAUGGGGACAUGGGAAAUGAGAAUGCUCAAUCAUUAGCAAGGCUGCAAGAGGAAGUUCAAAGGAAUGUUUAUGAUGCAAUUAUACAUGUGGGAGAUUUUGCAUAUGAUAUGGAUUCUGACAAUGCUCGGGUCGGGGAUGAGUUUAUGCGACAAAUACAGUCUGUAGCAGCCUACCUGCCCUAUAUGACUUGUCCAGGCAAUCAUGAACAGACAUAUAAUUUCAGCAACUACCGGGCAAGAUUCAGUAUGCCUGGGGACACUGAAGGACUAUGGUACAGUUUUAACAUGGGCCCUAUUCACUUCAUUGCAUUGACAACUGAAGUGUAUUAUAAUUUUAACUAUGGAAUGAAACAACUAGUGAAACAGUUUUAUUGGCUUGAAGAGGAUUUGAAAGAGGCUACAAAACUGGAAAACAGAAAGCAACGUCCUUGGAUAAUCACAUACGGACACCGUCCAAUGUACUGCAGCAAUGAUGACUAUGAUGACUGCAGGCAGCAUUCAACAUUUGUUCGGAAAGGGAUACCUUUUCUGAAAUGGUUUGGGCUCGAAGACAUGUUUUAUAAGUAUGGUGUUGAUCUCAGUAUUUGGGCCCAUGAACAUUCAUAUGAACGUUUGUGGCCAGUAUAUGAUUACAAAGUCUAUAAUGGAAGCCUGAAUGCACCAUAUCAAAACCCAGGAGCUACUGUUCAUAUCACCACAGGAUCUGCUGGAUGCAGUGAGCGCACCGAUCCAUUUAUUCCAAUCAAACCCGAGUGGUCGGCUUUCCGGAACAGUGAUUAUGGAUAUACCAAAGUAAAAGCAUGGAAUGAAACACAUCUUUACCUGGAACAAAUAUCAGAUGAUAAGGAUGGAGAAGUUAUUGACUUCAUCUGGAUAAUUAAGGACAAGCAUGAAGCAUUCAAUUCAAAUCAACAGUUCAAUGGAGAUAAAGAAUUCAGAGAGGUCUCUUUAGAGUAGGUGAAUGCUCAAAGUCCACAUCAAGUAGAGCGCUGCCACUAUAUCACUAGUCACUACUUAUCAACAGUAUUUUUCACACUAUCUAUUUUUUCACACAACGAAUUUAAAUAAAUAUAUUUCUACUUGUU